AUGAGUAGGAGGAGCCUCCGUAGCGGUGCGGCUGAGUCAGUGAGGUCUCCAUGCCACUCUCAAGAGUGGCCUUCAAGGUCUCGGUGGGAAAUGGAAGACGCGAGUUCGGUAUGUUCACGGCUGUGCUACUGUGGGAACGCUGUCAAAACGCAUACAUCCUGGACGGUUUCUCAUCCGGGAAGGAGGUUUCAAGUAUGUGCAAGGAGGAAUGGAUGUACAUUUUGGGAAUGGGCUGACCCAGAGAUGUGUGACAGAUCGAAGCACAUAAUUCCAGGCUUACUUAGGAAAAUAAACCGCUUGGAAGAAGAAAGAAACGCUGGAAAAGGGAAGAUGAAAAACCCCUGUUGGCAGCUAGUAAUCAACCGUUUUGGAAAGAAGUACGAGUUCAUUACCGCUCUUCCAAACUUAUUCGGGCAUAAAAGAAGAACUGAGUUCAGCAAUGAGCAAGGUCAAAUUGAUUGGAAAAAUUUAACCUAUGGAAAUACAAUUAGUACAAUUAACGAAGUUGGUAUGAAAAUGUGGGUACCUAUGAAAAUUGGUCGACAAAUACAAUCUGAGCACAAAUGUGCGAAAUAUGCGUUAGGACUCUUCUGUCAACAAUAUGGUCUUACGUCAGUACCUCUGUCUAGGAAAAAUAAGUCCAAUUACCGGAGUGACAUUAGGAAAAGUCGUCAUUACUCACGAAGAAAACAACCUUUGAACAGAAUAAAGAUAAUCAUGAGUUGUAUAGGAAAAACAAAGUUUACCGUAACAAAAAUAGGUCCAAACCACCGAAUCAUUGACGCUUUAUGA